CAGGAUCGGGUGUUCGACGCAAGGAAGUGGAGGAUCCCAUGUCCACCUCGGAGAAUUCAAUAUCGCUGCAGAAACGAGCACACCACCUCGACUGCCAACUCAUCGUCUCCUGCAGCCGCUGGAGACCCGUCCUCGCUGCCCCUCGCGCCUGAAGCAGAACGCCCGUCCAGCUCUCAGACCCUCCACGCCUGAGCCCGUCGUACAAAGAAGCCAUGUGUGAACUCGCACCAAAUGCGGCUAUCUACCGUCCCACGUCGUGCCUGCCUCACCUGAGAACCCCCCCUGUGCAACCUCUCCCGCCGCCCUACCACUCCCCAACGCCCCCAUCCAGAAACCCCACAGCACCGCAGCACCCUCGUAGCAAGCCCCGUGACCCCCCAGCGCGCCGCCCGUCUCACCCGCCCAUGCCCAUAGCACCUCAACCUAACCCCCCAACAACUCAUCCUCCAGCCCCAACACCGCACACGCACAGCAGUGCACCAUGCACAUACACCCCGAACCCCGGCCGUGUCGCUGAGACCCCCACUCGCUGCUCCACAGACCCACCGUGCACCCGGGCGUUGCGCUCCUGCCACGCGAUGCCGCGCAGCGCGCCACGCCGCCUCGCGUGUCGAACUGUCAAGGCGCUUUGGGGCCUGUCAGGGCGCUUUCGAGGGCCCGUGGCGUGUAUCAGCCUUGUUGCACGGGGGGGUUGCACGGCAUGGCGUGCGCGGGGGAGGGAUGUUGUGCUGAGGGGCUGCGUGGGUGCGUGGCUGGGCGCGUGUUGGGGCGGCGUGGAGGUAAGGUGAGGGGGGGAAAGGUGCUGGAGAGGGUCGCGUGGAGGUAGGUGCAAAGGAAGGG